UUCAGCCUGGCUGAGAAAAAAGCAUCCGUUGAAAAGUCUCAAAGAAAUACACCACGUGAGGAAAAAAAACUGGGAGAAGAUCGGAAUAUAAUCGCUUUUUCUAUGAUAAAACUGGUGCCCCUCUUCAGGAGAACUGGUCUCAAUUUAUUAUUAUGCAACCACAAGGAUCUCUUCUUUCUCAGGGUGUAUAAGCUGCUGGAUUGCUUUUCGCCCAAAUCAAUGUGGUUUCUUUGGAACAUUUUCAGCAAAGGAUCGCAUAUGCUGCAGUGUCUUUGUGGCAAGAGUCUUAAGAAAAACAAGAACCAAACUGAUCCCCAGCUCAAGGGUAUAGUGACCAGGUUAUAUUGCAGGCAAGGCUACUACUUGCAAAUGCACCCCGAUGGAAGUCUCGAUGGAACCAAGGAUGACAGCAGUAAUUCUACGUUAUUCAACCUUAUACCAGUGGGACUGCGCGUUGUUGCUAUCCAGGGUGUAAAGACUGGGUUGUAUAUAGCCCUAAAUGGAGAAGGUUUCCUCUACACAUCAGAACUUUUUACACCGGAGUGCAAAUUCAAGGAGUCUGUUUUUGAAAAUUAUUAUGUAAUCUACUCAUCCAUGCUCUACAGACAACAGGAGUCUGGAAGGGCCUGGUUCUUGGGGCUGAACAAAGAAGGGCAGGUCAUGAAAGGAAACAGAGUGAAGAAAACAAAACCAGCAGCUCAUUUUCUACCCAAGCCAUUGGAAGUUGCCAUGUACCGAGAACCAUCUUUGCAUGAUAUUGGAGAAACAGUGCCAAAGGCUGGGGUAACUCCAAGUAAAAGCACAAGUGCAUCUGCAAUAAUGAAUGGCGGCAAACCAGUCACCAAGAGUAAGACGACAUAGCCAGAUCCUCACAGGUGUUGUGACUGACUGAGCCCCGAGUACGGUUGAGCGGUUUAUCCUUGCCAGACUUCCCCUCUGCAGUGUCCGUGGAUCAGCUCGCGGCACGUCGCCGACGCGCCCGCCGCUGUCUUCUGAACUGAGUUGUCGCAAGCGGAUAAAGCUCAACGUGUAGCUCUACCCACAACAAGAAGACACCUGGAUGAACCAGCUAAACUCAGACCAUGGAAUGCCCUACCAGAUAUUGGAAUGCCUUUUUAAUAUCUUUUCUGUGACUGUGACACUUCAUGUGAAUGACAUACUUCACAAGUACACUUGAUACCUUGCCUGCUGACAAUUGCCCAUAAUCCCUUUUUGAGUCCAGUUUCAGCAAAAUCCAUGUGUUUAAGUUCUAUUUUGUAGCACACAGAUAAUCAAGUAAUUUCUAGUUAGAUGCUGUAAACCUGUGCUAUUUAUGGAUUUCUCUUCUUCCCUUUUUUAUAAGGCUGCUCGCUCCACUGUCUGUGACCUUUUGCAGGGAUUGUGUUUCUCUAUAACUUAAUUGUUGCCGGUGGCUUAGUUUUGAAAGCAAUCAGGGAAUCAGGAAGCCUUCAAAAAUCUAUUAUUACAAAUUAUAUCUAUAAAGAAUAGGAUUGUUGUCUCUGGCUUACAAUAUUGAUUAAAUGUGAAUACUCUUUAGUAACAGAUACUGUGCUUCUGAGGUUGGCGUUAUAGUGGAGGGAAGAGUGUCAAACACAGCCAACGGGAAGUUUUCUGAAACGAGUGUUUGGCAUCCCCCUACAGUUUCUUUUUGUGUGUGUGUUUUAUACAUAUCACAGGCUUACUGGUAAUGGUAACAUUUGCCUUGCCCAGCGAGCAAGACCCACUCAUUUUUGGGAAAGUGGGUCCAAAGAAUUUUGUAGGCCUUGUAGGCCUGAAUUAAGGCUCAUUUUUCAUCUACUAAAUCUUCAUUGUUUGAAAAACAACCACCACCAAUAACAGAAAAAAAAUAAAUAAGACUAACCAGAAUUGCGCUACCUAAAUCCAUUUCAAAUAUAAUCCUUUCCUGUUUUUAAGGAACUGAACUUAAUGCCAUUGUUAUUUUUGGCUGAAUCCCACACCUACUUAGCAAAGCAUGGGCAAGGAUGUUGUUGUGUUCUUUUUUGCAGCACCAAUGCAAAGGGUAGUUACAAAUUAUAGUUUAAUAUUUCUGGUGUUUUAAAAAAAAAAAAAAAAGUUUUAAAACUGGACAUAUUACAAAACUUUAUUUUUAUUUUUAGCUAAGCAUGCAAAGUCCGGUCCUGUGUAUUUCACUGAUAUCCCAGUACGUACCUCCACCCAGCUUCCUAGGAUAAUAUGCCCACCAAAUUGCUAGAUUGAAGGUGCCUUGCCUUGAUCUCUGUAUACUGUACUUUCUCCUACAUGAACCUACAAGAAAUCAUAAACAUCAUAAAAUUGAAGCCUUGGAUCAUAUUACCAGAAACACCAUCAACACUUUGAGUUUGUCACUUGUGAACAAUUAAACCAAUGUGGGAGGAGGGAAGGGGGGGAAGAUAUAGAGAAUGCCACAGAGAUGCCACUGAAGUGUUGCACACUUAGUCACAGGCUUUCAGAAGGCUAAAAAUAUGGGUACUCUCUGUAUGCUGAAGAAGGUAUUUGUUUCUCAGAAAGGGUAACAAGGACCAAAGUGUACCUCAGGCUGGAAAACUGUGUGGCAACGCUCUCUUGGCCUCUUGAUGUUACCUUGAUAUUUAUAGACAAAAAAAAAAAAAAAAAAAAAGAAAAGGGGAAAUCAUCCAGGCCUUUUUUAGCUUUGUUAUUUCUGGCAAUUUGUUUUAUCACGUCUUUGUGCUGAAUUCCUUAACAGAGACCACUGGUUAUUUCAAUCUCCCUGUCUGCUCAGCUGAACAACUGAUUCAGUCUGAAGCAACUCUUCAUGCUAGUUUUCCAAUGUGUUCUGUUUUUAUAAGCAACAUUUAGUGCACUCUUCAAGGAAGCUACUGUAAAGCUGCUAAAUUUUACAUAAACUUUUUUUUUUUUUUUCUGUAGGCCAGACUUCCUUGUUUAUAUAUGUAACACGGGAACAGCAAGCUAACACAAUGUUGGGUCUUUCUAGGGAGGGAAUGAGUAAAGCAUGAAGCCCACUAUCCAUGCAGAGAAAAAAAAAAAACAACAAACCUACUCUAAUACUGUGAUAAAAAUGCAAAGAAACAUUGACUUAGACUGUGUCCUUGCCUGCUAGCACUAAAUAUGUGUGUGGGAAAAGCAACACUUUAUUAAAAAACUUUGGUGUCCCCUUCUCAUCCCAUCUGGUCCAGUGGGAUGUGUGCACCAUCCCUGAGAAAACAAAACCAAACCAAAGCAACUCUCGUGGUGAGCUGGGAGCUUGCUCUGCAUCUGGAGGACCCAUGGGAGGCAGCAGCCUUGACGUUGUACUGUCUGCUGGGUCCCAGAGGAGGCCCCAGGCUUUCCUACAACUAGACGAGGAGCACUUCACGACAUUUUGAGUAAGAUGAAGGCUACAUUCUCUUUCUCUCUCAGCUAAUGUAUUUCAUUAGAGAUCAUGAGGAGGGAAGACGUGUUCAUGUUCCAUCCAGCUGUCUUUUUACUCUCGCAGUGUAAGAGCCUGGGGAGAGACAGGGCUGGAGACCUGGCUGAGCCACGCAAGGAGGUUCAGGUUCAUGGCCUGAUGCUACAAUUAUUGUUUUCAACAUUAAACUUUUGAUCCUGGGUAAUUAUGAUCUGAAAAAUAGUUUGGGGGGCUAUAAUUCAGGCCAGAUUAAAUUUUUGUAACCAGUUAGUAUACGCUGGAAAAACAGCAUUUCUUUUUAUUAUUUUCUGAUUUCGUUUCUGUGGGCUAAAUCCAUAUAUGUGUUUAAUCCAAUUAAUAGAUGUCCUAAAAAAUAUUUUUUCUACUAUAUGUUUAAACACAGCAAAGGGGUCUUUGUGCUUUGUUUCCUCCCUUUAAUUUUGUCUCUUGUCUCAUCUGUUGCAUGGGAAAAGGAUGGCAAGGAUGAACUGCAUGUAGUAGGUUGUGUCUAUCAAAGAAUUGUUGGUCUGUAUUACUAAAUUUACAUACAUAUAUGCAAAGAGUUUGUCUGCAUUGUACAGUUUGUGUUUAUUCUUAUUUGUUGUAUACACAGAUUCAACACGAUGAAUAAAACAUUUAUAUGAAGGCAUACCACAAGACAACAAAAAAGUUUAUGUAAGAAGUAGACUGUGCAAAAACAUCAUUGCACUGGCCACAGGAUGGUGAAACUUCAUGUAAAUAGGUUGGCAAACUCAGUUCUCCCCUUUUACCAUGCCAAAGAAAAUUUUAGCUCCUUAAUAUAAUACCUCUCUUGCUGUUCUCCAGGAUGAGACUUCACCAUUUUCUUCCCUCUAAGAUUAAUUUUGCUGUUGAGUGAAAGCUGUUUUCAACUGUCUGUUACUACUAAAGUACUGUAUAGUAAACCUGAUGGAAUCAAUUUGUAUUUACAGAUUGGGGGUUUUGUACUUACACGUCCAGCUGUCUGUGAAUCUACAGCGUUCCAGGUCUUUUGCAUGCUUGCUUUGUAUUUUGUUCUUCUUCUGGGUUUUAUCUAAUCUCUGAGAGACUGUUUGCACAGCAAUCCAACUUCAUCUUACCAUUUCGUAUGUUAACACUGCACAUAGUCAUUAGCUCUUUCCUUUUUUUUUUUUUUUUAAUCUGUAUUUUAGCUACAGUUCUAUCUGGCGAAAUCAGUCACACCUGCACAGUUUUAGAAAUCCAGUUUUAAGUAGAUAUGAACCACUUCAACAAAGCACCAUUUUGUUGUACUUCAGAAAUUUUAUAAAUACACAAGAAUCCUUAUGAGAUUGCUCACACGGUAGAGCCUAUAGAAAGGUGUCUGUAGCUUUUAAGUGCUUUGUAGUUGACAUAACACAGCUUUUGCUUAAUUUGCUGAGGUUUUAGCCACUCUCAAAUACUUUUUCAAUAUGCUAUAAUUUUCAUAAACUUUAACUUGUGUAGAGUCAGAUUGGUUCUUAACAAGAACACUCCCCCCAAAUACAGAGUAAAGUAAUUCACUUUAACUAUGGUUUAUAUCUGAAAAACACUAAGAACUCUGACUUUUUAAUAUAUAUUGGGAAACUUUUUCUCUUGGUUUAAAUCCACUGUAAACAAUGAGGUAUGAAAGCAGGCAGUUUGGUCCAUACAUUAAAAGUGUGUCUUGCUGAUCCAUCUGUUUAUUGGUAUAAAGAAGAAAUUAUUCAGCUCGAUUCAAAUGGGAAUGCAAGUAAAAUUAGACUAAGUAAGGAGAUUAUCUUUCUUUUAAAUGCCUCCUUAGAUAAACUCAUAUUCUUCGCAAUGCAUUUUAAAGUGUCUAAUAACAGGGGUUUUUUUGUGGUGACUAAUGCAAAUGCUAUGACUUAUUUUUAAAGAUGUAAUAAAAUUUCUGUUCUAUUAUCUAGUCACAGAAAUAUUCAACUUAGCUUUCUUCAUCCCAGUAUCAUUUAGCUACAAAGUGAGAUGUCAUUCUGUAAAGAACUGAGGGCAGAGCAUCAGAAAUAUGUCAGAGCAGGUACAUAACUAAACAUUCGUCAAUGUGUUUCUUAAAGAGAGUAUGUCCAAGGAAAGAAGGGUCACAAGUUAACAAUUUAUACAAACAAAUCAAUCCACAGCUGUUUUACAGGUGAUAUUACAGAUAUGUUAUAUACAUUAGGCAUAAUCCCUCAAGCCUAUUGUGGAAGCAUUUGGCCCACUUCUGCAUUGUGUUCUUUCUCUCAUAAGAGGAAAGCAAGGCUGUAGUAUCUUUUGUUUAUAAGGUUUAUCAAUCCAGCUGGUAUGAAAUGCCUGUUUAUCCAAUUUGGUUUUACCACCUGUGUCGUGGUGUGGGCUGGAUACACCGAGAACUGCCUUUUGCCACAGGCCAGGCAGAAAGUUUUUACUGUCCCUGGGUAUGGAGGAACCAAGCAUUAAGUUUCACUCCCUCACACCUCUUCCUGCUUUUACACUUUAUGUAGCUGGAAUUCCCAUCACAGGGUAUGAGGUGUAAAAUCACUACUGAUUAAUACAGCUAUUUUUUUUUUUGCAAAUGUGGAAUAAUAAUCUUAUCCCUUCCGAUCACAUUUUUCUAGUGAGGAAAUGAGCCACAAAACAGAUCUGCUGGGAGUGACAUCACCAGUUACCUCAGCAUGAAGAGCGGGGGGAAUGUUUAAGCAACAUUAUAAGAAAUAGAGUGAAAGUAAGAAAGGAAUUUAUGUAUCCAUUAUAUUUUAGUAGUCUUAGUUAAUACUUUAAGGUUUGUAGCAAUAGCACCAUUUUGUUUAAUAAUUUACAUUUUAAUAAACCACUGACAGUAGCUGUCUUAGAAUAUUCUAGUAUUUUUCCACAUGUAUCUUAACAAACAACUUGGAUAACACUUUUUGAAAUGUUAUGGAUAUGUGAUCCAUCCAGUAGCCAAAAUAUUGUAGAUUGUUUUUUUAAAAAGUUCUAAAUAGAAAUCAGAAUAAUCUUACACUUUUAAAGUAUAUAAACUUAAAAUGAAAGCAAAUUACAAAGUAAAAUUCAUUCAAUAUGACAUUGCCACCCUCUAAAAAAUUGUUCUUUUGUCUAUGAAUAAGAAUACCUGAAAUACCGUGGCUGAUCUACAGCAUAUAUAAAUCUGCUUAUCAUGCCAUGAAACAAGACAAAAACAUCUACUGAACCUAGAUAUGAGUUUUGAUUAUCUAGUAUUUUCUCAUUACAGUACUAAAUACAAAUGGAAGGAAAUCAAGGAAAAUUUUGUAUCUUUCAUUGUUUGCACUCUGAUUCAGCAGACAAAUGUAUCUGCAAAAAACAUUGAUUAUAAGAUGAUCCAGGUCAGCGGAAUUCAUAAAUAUAAAUAAAACCAAGAAUCUGUGCUCUCCAGGCACCAGGGCUGACAAAAUGCCUAUAUUUUUAAAUUUAAUAAAAUAUUAAUGUUAAGUUCUAUGGAGUUUAAGGGUUAUACUAUAAUUUCAAGAUGAAUUUUACGUAGAAGAUUCUUUAUACUGUAUCAAUACAUUUUAGAACUCUGCCUGGUAUUUUGGUUAUAUGAAAACAGAGCAGCUAGCAGCUUUGGGAUGUAUGUCUCAUUAUUUAUCUGCAUACCUUCUAUAUAAGUUAUGCAUGGAUGUUUGGUGAUUAUACUCCCUGAGAACACGGGUUUCACAAGCUUCAUUUUUAGAAAGAAAGAAUCCAUGUUAAGGAAAAACAAAUGGGUAAGAGAAAGAGCAAGCUACGUGGGAAGGGGGAUAAUAAAAGUGAUAAAAUAAAUUCAUUCAAACUUUUUGCAUUCUAUUACAUGUUCUGUACCAUUGUAUUUUCCUAUUUCAAGGCUGUCCUUUGGAAAAGAAAACUAAUUUCUAGACUAAUAAUGGAAAUACCUUUUUUCCUUGAUAUAUAGUUCCCUUAUUUCUGAAUCAUGUACCUCUUUAAAUAUCAGAACCUUGGCACCUAAACCUCAAAGUUCCAGUUUGGUAUUAAAAAGAAAUAUUUUCCAGCCAUCUAAGCAAUUUCUCGCUCAAUCAUGGUUUCACAAAAUGUAAACACUUUUGAAACUAAAAUGUAUGUAUCUUUUUUUGCUCUAAAGAAUUCAAGGGCUGCCAAAUCUACAUGUACAAAAAAAUAAGAGAUUCAUAUGUAAAUAAGUUAGGGAAGUCCCAAUAGUUGUGCAUCGUUCAUAACUCAAUGUGAAUUUCACACUGAGCAGCAUUUCACCAUUGGAAAAUAAAAUUUUUGUUCAUA